AUGGGAAAACUUCACGGAACCUUAGCCAAAGCUGGUAAAGUUAGAAAGCAAACUCCAAAGAUUGAAAAAUAAGUCAGAAGACACAAAAUCCCAAAAGGAAGAGCCUACAAAAGAAUCUGCUUCAAUAGAAGAUUCGGAUCAGCAGCAGCCUCAACAGGACCAUAAUAAAAGAGAAAGGGACCAAAUUGGCAUGCAGGAAGAAAGGACUUAAUUGAAGAGGAAAGAAAGAAAUAAGUCGAAUAAAGAAGAUAAAGAAAGAAGGACGUACCAAAAUGAUUAAUAACAUACAGUAGAUUAUUUACAUACAAUAAAACAAUUUAAAUUAGCAAUUAUCAAA